AAGGGGCGUGGCGGCGGCGCCGGAAGCGGGGCCGCAGCGCCGCAGGGUGUGUGUGUGUGUGUGAGUGUGUGCGUGCGUGCGUGCGCCGAGCGGCCGCCGCGCUCCCGCCGCCUCGCCUCGCCCGCCGCGAUCCAGGCCGCGGUGCCGCCGCCCCCGACAGCUCAUCAAGAUUGGAAACAAUAAAGGCUACGAAGCAGAUGUAGUAACUGCUGAGCAGUAAGAUGUAGUUCUCAAGCUCCUGCAGUCUUCUGAAGAACGUUAUCUGUAUGUUUCCUCAGGCUCCUGCAGUCUUCUGAAGAACGUUAUCCGUAUGUUUUACUCCUCAGCUGUAACUGAGACAUAACCCUCCAGUUCUGUGUGUCCAUCCACUCUUGAAAGAUCUGUGUGUGUACUGACCAAAGAUGCUGUUCCCAGGAUGGUCGCACCAUCCCCUUCUACUAAAAAUAGCGAGGCAGAUAGAUUAAUGCGUUUUACAGGUUCUGACCUUUGAUGCUUUGUAAUAUGUUUCAGAGUCUCGUCUACACAGGCGUAAAGCUUUUCUGGGGGUGGGAAGCAAGCACAUGUAACUUUUAGUACCUGUAUACAUGCUAUUCUGCAAUUGUAGGAGAGAUUGGAAGAGUUUAAGCUGUAUGGGAGAUAGAGGAAAAAAAUAACAACAAAAAAAAUUGAGUGUGGGAUUUAGGGUGAUUCAAACUUCUGGUAGCUGGUACUAUUAGCUGCAACUCCUGGUUAGUGGUUGGCAUUCCUCACUGGCAAUAGUGCCCAGCCACUUCUUUUGGGGGGGCUACUAAGUUGUGGUUUGAUAGAUUCUUAAGAAUUUGAAAUGUGUUAACGCAUCUAACAUGAGAAUCUUCUGCUUAGAACGGGCAACUGUCAGGACUCCUCCAUGGCUGUGAUCUGCACGUCUCCGCUCCUUUUUCCAUCUUCCCUCUUUCCCCCUUGCCGAUAUGGCAUGGCUUCAUUAGUGCUAGAAUAGAUCAUUCCUGUCAGCCUCCUGUUCAUCACCUUUGUGUGUUUUGCUCCUAGCUGCAGGUAACUUUUGUUAGAUGGCUUCUGUUUGUGGCCUAGGAGUAUUUUUAGCUGUAGGCUUUGCUUGUUUCAGACCGUGGCACACUGAUCCAUUGUUAGAGUGUGGCUUUCAUCUCCUCUAUGGGAGGGACCAGCUAUAACUGAUAGUUGCUUCUUUGCCUUUUCAAACAUCACUCCUUUCCUUGUAUCUUUUUUCCUUCUGGCAAACACUUCCCUCUUUUGGAGCUCAAGCCAGCAUAGCUCUGCAAAGCUCUCCCCAAGCUUCUAACAAGGAGAGCCAUGGAUAAAAGUGAGUUGGUACAGAAAGCCAAACUGGCUGAGCAGGCUGAGCGUUACGAUGACAUGGCUGCUGCUAUGAAAGCUGUCACUGAGCAAGGACAUGAACUGUCCAAUGAAGAAAGGAAUCUACUCUCAGUUGCCUACAAGAAUGUGGUUGGUGCCCGUCGCUCAUCCUGGCGUGUAAUUUCCAGCAUUGAACAGAAAACAGAGAGGAAUGAGAAGAAACAGCAGAUGGGAAGAGAAUAUCGUGAGAAAAUUGAGGCUGAAUUGCAGGAUAUCUGCAAUGAUGUUCUGGAACUCCUGGAUAAAUACCUUAUUGUCAAUGCCACACAGCCAGAAAGCAAGGUCUUCUAUUUGAAAAUGAAAGGCGAUUACUACAGAUACCUCUCAGAGGUGGCAUCUGGGGACAAUAAACAAACAACAGUAGCAAACUCUCAGCAAGCUUACCAGGAGGCAUUUGAAAUUAGCAAGAAAGAGAUGCAGCCAACACACCCCAUUCGACUUGGUUUGGCUCUAAAUUUCUCUGUCUUCUACUACGAGAUACUAAAUUCUCCUGAAAAAGCCUGUAAUCUGGCAAAGACGGCAUUUGAUGAGGCGAUAGCAGAGCUGGACACGCUGAAUGAAGAGUCUUACAAAGACAGCACUCUGAUCAUGCAGCUGCUUAGGGACAACCUCACUCUAUGGACGUCGGAAAACCAGGGAGAUGAAGGGGAUGCUGGGGAGGGAGAGAACUAAUGGCUGUCACGCUUCACUAUAUGUUCAAUGUCACCCUGUAUCCUACACAUAUAUCCCUUUGUGCGACAAGCAAAAAGAAUAGUACAUCGACUUUCACAACCUCAACGUAGCAAAAACUGUCUGUGGGGUAAAAACGGUUGGUUGGUGUUUUGUGUACUUAAAGCGGAGGUCGGUUAUUAUAAUGGCAUUCCGAACUUUCCUAUUAUGACCAUUUACAGUUAUGAUUACCGUGUUUAUAUUUUUAACUUAACACUGUGAUUAUGGGUUUUGUGAUUGCAAUUGACUUUACAAAACUCUUAUUGGUAGAAAAGUAGACAUCAAUUAUGUAACUCUGGCGAGCUUAAUUUGGCACCAAAAUAGUCGAAGUACAAUUCUGUUGUAAAGUUGUACAGAAAGUUAUAGAGAUUCUAUUGUGACACUGGGGCAUGGAAGGAAAACAAUCCGAUGUAUGGCAUUCCAGUUAGUAACAGUGCUACAAAUUAGUUUAACAGGCACACUCUGUAGACAUUUGUAACCAAGUCUGAGGCACCGCUUUCAGUCAAAAGCUCACUUUGUCAAUUCUGUCUUUCUGGGGAUGGGGUUUGUUUUGGGGAGGAGGGUAAUGGGGGAGUUAGCUUGAUUUCCAAACUCUUUACACUGGCAGAUAACUGGGAUUUGACUUUUAAAAGUGCUUUCAUGCUCAUAUGACAUGCAUGACUAAGCCCCUUCCCACAGCAAUAACUUAAUUAUACUUUAGAUAUUCUUCAGUAGUGAGAAUUCUUGGUUCACUACCAUGGACUUGCAAUAGGAGAAGAUUCAAUUUUUUGAAUGGCCUUAUUAGUUUGGAUGAUACCAUGAAGUGAUCUCCCACUUUUGCAUUACUUUACUCUUAGGUGAAUCGAAAUCUCCAUGGUAUUCCCAUUUUGAAUUUAUCCUGAAAACUUCUUAAGUAAUCCACUGAGCCAUCUUUAAGUUUACUUUCUAGAAAUUUUUCUCCCAUAGGACUCUGUUCAUCCUUGACCCUCUCACCUGUUUAAAUUCCAUUAAAGCGAUCUUGGACUCCCACAUACGCAUCAUCCCCUCUUUGAUGAUGGGUGAUGUCAGGAUGGUGGGUCAGACCUGACCCUGCUCAAGGACAGGUAGGUUUCUUGGAUGUUUGAGAGCUGCCAGUGCUGCUGCAGCCUUCAGCUCAUCUGCCGUUUUUUGGUAGCACUGGGAUAUGGCUCAGAUAUUCAGGAUUUCCCAUUUAUUGUACUGGAAUGCAGACCUACACAUUUGUAACGCUUGUAACUUGUAAUAUUUGAGCUCCAAACGUCCUCACCUAGUUAUGUUUCAAACAUGUCCCAUUAAAUAAAACCUAGUAAGAGUUGCGUGAAUAAUGCAGUGGAAAAGAUUAGGAAUAGUCACCUAUCAGUCUCGCGGUAUCAUCCCCCUACCUUCACAUUCCACUUAGGUAUAGGAUCCAUCUGUUUGUCUGUCCAUCUGUCUGCUGAAGAGAAUUUCAUGCACUGAUUUUAAAACUCCCUUCUACUAGCUGAACAAAUUGUGCAGUUAAUACUUGGCGCUUGAUAAAUGCAGUAGUGAAUGUGGAACCGAGCCUGUCUGUAUAUCUGGUAGCUCUUUUCGCUUUGUUUUUACUGACCAGUAUUCUGCCUAAAGUUUGCUUCUGUGACGGUUAUAUUGCCUAGCACACACGUGGUUGUGAGAAUAGUAUAGCAAAAAGAAAUACCUGGUUAUUGAUGUACUAGAUUUGUGUAUGUCUUUUAAACAGUUCUAGUUUCACCUUACACAAAAUAAUCAGGAAAGUGUAAAAGAAUUCAAAAGUGAAUAAUAAAAAAAAAUUUUAUCA